UUGGCCUGCGCUUUUUUAGCGAAAAAUGCAGAAAACCUUUGAAAUGAAACCAAAAUAGCCUUAAACCAGGACCACCUCGUAAAUCUUUGCUGAUCAUUUUGCUGGAAUUAUGGCAAAACCUACAGGACAUCUGUUGCGUCAACUCAGGUCAUUAAUGAGAAGUAAACAUCAACUGGCUGAAGCAAUUCAAGCUUACAUUAUCCCUUCUGGAGAUGCACAUCAGAAUGAAUAUCUUGCCUCGUGUGACCUAAGAAGAGAAUUUAUCUCUGGCUUCAAUGGCUCAGCAGGUACUGCAAUUGUCACAGAAACCAAGGCAGCGCUAUGGACAGAUGGACGGUAUCAUCUGCAGGCUGAGAAACAAUUGGAUUCAAAUUGGACUUUGAUGAGGGAUGGGUUACCUGACACUCUCUCUCAGGAAGACUGGCUUAUUCAGGUACUAAUAAAUUCACUACACUUGUUUAUUGAUGUAGCUAAACUUGACAAAGCAGUGUCCAGUCACCUUGGCUUGGACAGUACUAAUGACAACAGUGAGACUAAAGUGACUGUGUGUCCGUAUGAGGGAAUAUGGGACGCUGUCAAGGAAGCUGCUAACAAUGGAACAAGGAUUUGGUUUAAUUUUUUUCCUUUUUUGCUACAGACUCAUCUCAUCUCUGAUCCGUCACCACUGGCUCGCAGCAAAGCAGUCAAGAACUCAGUGGAAAUUGAGGGCAUGAAACAAGCUCAUUCAGGUGAAACUUUGAAAACGGUCCAAGCACCAGCAAUUGUACUGUCUUAUACUACAAGUGGACGUUUUAUGAUGUCAUUGGAACAAGAGAACUUCAUAAGCCUGAGUUUUGAGACCAUCUCGGGUGUGGGCCCUAAUGGGGCAGUCAUUCAUUACAGACCAGCCGAGGAAACCGAUCGUGUGAUUUCCAAUGAAGAGCUGUACUUGUGCGACUCUGGAGCACAGUUUAAGGAUGGUACAACUGAUGUGACUCGCACGUGGCAUUUUGGUGCUCCUUCAAAAUGGGAACGGGAAUGCUUUACUCGCGUGUUAAAGGGGCAUAUUGCGCUUGCGAGAGCCGUCUUCCCCAACAAGACUACAGGUCACAGAUUGGACACCCUAGCUCGCAUGGCGUUAUGGGAUGUUGGACUGGACUACUUGCAUGGGACAGGACAUGGGAUUGGUUCGUUUUUAAAUGUACAUGAAGGUCCUCAGAGGAUUGGCCCCCGGGGAGUAGAGAACGAGGCUCCUUUAGAAGCUGGCAUGAUGGUUACUGACGAGCCUGGUUACUAUGAAGACGGCGCAUUCGGAAUCCGUAUCGAAAAUGUGUUACUUGUAAAACCUGUCGAACUUGAGAACAACUUUAAGGACAGAGGCUACUUGGGUUUUGAACCGAUUACUCUGUUUCCAAUCCAAACGAAGCUUCUUCUACCUUCCAUGUUAACGUCUGAAGAGGUCGAGUGGCUUAACUGGUACCACGGGUUAUGUGCGGAGAAAGUUGGAUCGGCUUUAAGAGAACAGGGUCGCACAAGCGCUCUCAACUGGCUUCUGAAGGAGACGAUUCCUCUUGGUUGAAAUGAUGAGCUGCUAAAGUGACCUUCGCUACCCAGGAGAAUUUUUGUUAUCGAAAAGAAAUAGGAACGUGUUUUACGAAUGCUUUGUAUGUCUUGCGACUGAUUAAAUUCCUUUGAAAUAAUGAAAAAUCAAAAAAA